GAAAACAUAGUAGGGAAAGAAAGAAUCUACGAAAAAGAAAAACACAAAUUCGAUGCGCUCUCUUCCAUGUUGAUAAAAACCAGGACCUCGGAAAAAAAAAAAAGGAAAAGUGAGGUGCCCGGUUUUUCCUUGUUCAUAAGAGAAUUUAAGAAUUUCGCGACGACGACGACUGACUCACCAUCAUUCCUACUCCCUCCGUUUCCAACUACCAACAACUUCAAAAAUGAGAAAUUACCCAAGGAUAAAUCAAGUGGUAAUAAAGGAUGUGGAUAA